CUGAUGAGGUAACAUGUCACGUGGAAAGGGGUUUUUGGAGGGGGAUGACGACACUGCAUUUCUAUUGCAUAUUCAAGGAACUCGCCGGCCAAGGUUUCUUGUUUCCUAAACGCUUUUUUGUUGCUUUUAUUUCUUAGGAGCCCGAGGAGAGCACUACGUCGCCUGCCAUGCCUAGCCGCCCGCUGCCACAGCCCAGUACCAACCCGUUUACCGGCAGACCUGCUCUGCCGCAACUGCCCAAGGUGCCGCCAGCUCCGUCGGCCGCAGUUCCGCCGCCGCCACCAGCUGGAGCUGCACCCCCCAUGCUCGGCGUGUCUCUUUCCAUGCAGCCGCUUCCCGCUGGAGGUAUCCCUCUGGGCGCUCCGCCUGUCCUGCCGGUGCGCCGCCCAUCUGCAUCGUCAGUGGCCAGUGGCACCUCAAGUGUCCGUGAGGGAUCAGUGCCGCUGCCGCCGCUGCCGCAGGUGCAGCAGGUGCCCAAGACUGUCGAUGAAGAGGGAGCUUCGGAUGAGGGGGAUGACGCAGACAAGCCCCAGAAGGAGGAUGAGGCGGGUUCAGAAAAGGACGACCAGGAGGAGGGGGCGGAUGAGGGUGGCAAGGAUGCGGAGAGCACCGCGCCGGCCAGCAAGCCGCGCGGGGACCCGAAGCUGGCCAAGAUCAUCGAGGACUACGAGGCGACAUCGAACGAGGAACUGAAUCUGAUUUCCGGUGAUGUAGUCACAAUCAUCCAUCGAGGCACAGACGGCGAGCCGCGGUGGAAGGGCGAGUACCACGGCAAAAAGGGGUAUUUCCCAAGCCACGUGGUCGAGGCGAUUGAGGAGUCAGCGGGGCUGGACGAGGAAGGCAAUGAGGACGAGUCUGCCGAGGGCGCUGAGGGCAAGCCCAAGGGAUUCAAGCUGGCAGCGUACGGUGUGCAGCAGGGCGGCCUGGGCGCGAUCUUUGCCGGCGGCGGCAUGCCGAUGCUGCGCAAGUCGGCGCCGUCUUCGAAGAAAGAGACAGAGGCUGAGGAGUCAGAGGAUGCGCCGGUGCCGGCUGCUGCGCCUGUGAUGCAUAAGCUGCGCAGUGUCAGGCGCCCGCCACUCAAGGAGGAGGUCAAGGAGGAGGUGCCGAACUUUUUGGCCCAGCUGAACCGUGUACCGCGCAAGAGCUCCCCGUCAAACAAGGAGGAGGAGGAGCCCGUGGCAGCUCCGGCUCCAGCUCCAGCGUUGCCCCGCAAGACGCUAUCACGCAGUAGUACUUUCGAAGAGCCUCCUGUUGAAGCGCCUGCUGUGGAGGAGCCUGUUGCUGAAGAGCCUGAGCAGGAAGCUCCAAAAGAGUCGGCUAAGGAGUCAGCUAAGGAACCGGCCAAGGAGUCGCCAAAGGAGUCGCCAAAGGAGUCGCCUGCUCCAGCAGAUGCCCCUGAGCCCGCUGUCGAGGAGCAGCAUGAGGAUGAGGAGGAAGAGGACCAGGAUGACGACGAGGAGAUCGCGUCCCAGCCCGAGGAGAAGAAGGAGCCGGUGGAGAAGCCUGCCACUGAGGAACCCGAAGCGCAAGAGGGGGAGGAAGAGGAGACGCAGACACAGGACCGCGAUCUGGACACUGAGGUCACGCCUGAUCUCAGCGAGUCGAGCGAGCCAGCCGAGCAGGCGUCGCCGGAGCCCAAGCAGGCAACACUGGAGCCAAUCAAGGCACCCUCGCUACCGCACGUGAAGCGACUAGUGCGGCGGGCGCCGCGGCAGAAGCCAACCUCGGAGGGCCUGAAGAAGCAGGUGGAGGAGGAUUCGCAGUCAAAGGCCCUGCAGAGCGCAUUGGAGAAGGACAAGGAUGCGCCGGUGGAGGAGCCGCCAGUGCGGGCGGUGCCGCCGCCGGUGGCCGAGAAGCCCAAGGGCCUGGGCGGGCGCAGUCAUUUUGGCGGCCCGCAGUUGCCUACUGGCGGGUUCAAGGCCACAGGCCGCGUGGGCUCUGCGAUGGCUGAGCGGCUGGCAGCCCUGCAGGCGCGUGCCAGCGGCGCUGUCAGCGACGAGCCGGAGGAACAGCGGGCGCCCAGUGAGGCCCGCCGGUCGUUUUCGCCGCCGCAGCCACGCGCAGCAGCACCAGUGGUGACGCAUGCGGAGCCGUCGGGCGAGUGGCAGCGGCAGGUCGAGGAGGAGCAGCGGAAGAUGCGCCAGGAGGCCGAGAUAGUGGCCGGGCGCCUCCGUGGCACCGAGCAGGAGCUGACAGCGAGCAAGCAGACAGUUGCCAGGCUCGAGCGUGCGUUGGAGGCGAUGACGCAGAACCUCAAUAAGGUGCAGGAGGAGGCGGCCCAGGCACGCCAGGCCCUGGCAAGACUCGAGACCAGCCAGGUGUCGAAGGAGGACGUCGCGAUGCUGUUGAAGCGCGAGCUGCAGGCGGCGGUAGAGCCGCUGUGCAAGCAGACGCAGGAGCUGCGCGACGACAACAGCAAGUUACGCGACGAGAUCAAGGGCCUCAAGACGUACAUUGACGAGCUGGUUGUCGAGGAGGAGUAAGAGGCCCUCUUGAGGGUUCAUUUUUUUCAUUCCAGUUUUCUUUUAUUUGAUUCCAAACAUGCUUCUGUUCUAACUGUCCCGCGCUCGCAAUGCGAGCUCACCUCAAUCC